AUGGAUCUCCAGCAGUGUUUGGUGUCCGUGUACCUGCUGCUGGUGUCUUUCGCUCAGUGUCAGCACUAUUAUCUCCUCAGACCCAUCCCGAGUGACACUUUACCCCUGCUGGAGCUGAAGGAGGAUCCCGACCCCAUCUACGACCCGCGGGAGAAGGAUCUAAACGAGACCGAGCUGAGAAGCGUGCUCGGAGACUUUGACAGCCGCUUUCUCUCCAUCAGCCCUCCUCAGGACCGCUACACGGGCAACGAGGACCUGGACGAGCUGGAUCUCCAGCAGAACCCCGCCGGACUGAUGCCCAAAGACAUCAAGAACCUGGACUUUGACGUGCAGUGGGGCAAAAAGCGCAAAGCCAGUAAGAAGCUGAAGCGCAGGCUGCAGAUGUGGCUGUGGUCCUACUCCUUCUGCCCGGUGCUGUACGCGUGGAACGACCUGGGCUCGCGCUUCUGGCCGCGGUUCGUCCGCGCGGGGAGCUGCUACAGCAAGCGCUCGUGUUCGGUUCCCGAGGGGAUGGUGUGCAAACCGGCCAAAUCCACGCACAUCACGCUCCUGCGGUGGAGAUGCGUUCAGAGGAGAGGCGCGCUCAAGUGCGCGUGGAUACCGGUGCAGUAUCCCAUCAUAACUGAGUGCAAAUGCUCGUGCGCCAACUGA